GAGGCACUAAGCAUCAGUCAGUAUCUCGGCAGCGUUCCCGCGGGCUGCAUCUCCCUUCCACCGGCUGACGCCAGCUGACGCCAGCUGACGCGAGCUGACGCCACACGCGCCGCGCUCGCCGGGCCAACAGUAGCAGUCGCCCCUCUCGGCAGCCCCCCCUCGGGGAUUAUCCCACUGUUUAGGUUACCCCAACCUUCGUUCUCUCCGUGUGCGCCGUGUGCUAGCAGCCAGCCAGCGCCAAGAUGGGCGAGACCAGGAAACGCCCGUUGGCGACCUCUGAAAAAUCAAACCUUGGUUCUGGAUCAAAUUCAAGCAGGAGAAAUGCUGGGUCUUCUGAGAUGACGUCUCAAAAGAAAUGCAUUCUAGUCACUGGAAUUCUAGUGACUAUUACUUUCCUAGCUGGAUAUGCCUACAAUACUAUGGGAGAACAUGUUUAUGCAAUUGUAAUAGAUGCUGGGAGCACUGGGACUCGACUUAAUGCUUUUAACUUUAAGAAGUCAUUAUUAACUGGCACUUAUGAAUUGAGCAAUGAUUUAUUUGUUGAAAUAAAACCUGGCCUUUCUUCAUUUGCCGAUGAUCCUAAGAAGGGUGCUGCCACUAUUCUUGAGCUUCUCUCUCAUUCCAAGCUGCAACAUGUCAUCCCACCUUCAGAGUGGGCAAACACACCCCUGGCUUUAAAAGCUACUGCAGGUUUGAGGCUUUUGCCAGAAAAGCAGGCUAAUGCAAUUCUUGAUGAAGUCAGGUCAGUUUUAUCUGACCUCCCAUUUUUCACCAAUGAAAACUCAGUAUCCAUUAUGGAAGGAGUUGAUGAAGGAAUCUUUUCUUGGUUUACUAUUAACUUCCUUUCAAACAGCCUUGGUGGGAGUGUUAAGGAUACUGCUGCCGCUAUUGAUAUGGGUGGUGGUUCAACUCAAAUAACAUUUGCCGCUGAAGCUUCCUCUCCUCUGUGGCAAACAAGCAAAAACUUUCUUCAUCCAGUGACUGCAUUCCACCAAAAUCUAACGGUUUACACUCACAGUUACUUGGGUAUGGGCUUGAUGGCUGCAAGAAUGGCAAUAUUAUCAGUUGGCAAUAAAGAAGGAUCAACUACAUUGAAAAGCGCCUGCAUGCACCCGAUUAUGAAGAAACCUUGGACAUACAACAGAGUUACUUACACAGUCCAAGGGCUUGAUAAUGCAGAAGGAAUGUCACACAUUAAAGAAUCAGUGUGUCAAGACCUUGUCCGCUCAUACAUCAAGGGAAAGAUUGACAAGCCAGAAGAACUUAAACAUCAUUCAAAAAUAAAUACUAUUUCAUACUUUUUUGAUAGAGCUACUGAAUUUGGUCUUAUUGACCCAUUUGAAGGUGGACGUGUCCAAGUCAAAUCAUUCAAAGAAGCGGCCACUUACAGUUGUCGUAAUCCCAAUGCUGAUCAGCCCUUCAUGUGCCUUGAUAUGCUCUUCAUUCAUACUCUCUUGACUGAUGACGGGUUUGGACUGAAAGAGAAUUCUUAUCUUGAUCUUUACAAGAAGAUUGACAACCAUGAACUGAGCUGGGCUUUGGGAGCAGCAUUCCAUAUUCUUCAAAAUGGUGUUUAAAUAAGUGCACUGGUUUGUUCAAAAUUAUCCAUUUUAGUAUUAAAAAUACUGUCUAACACAGUUUUAACUCAGAAAUAAAUCCCUUGGUUUGGGUUUACUCGAUGACAAAAGAAUAUACAUAAGCUUUUUAGCUCCAAAGGCAGUCAUGAAUGAAAACUGAACAACUCAAGUUUUACUAUGUGAUAAACUCUUUGUGGGAUAUUUAUAAAAUAUACCGUAAACCUUUAAAACGCAUUGAGUGUUUUAUUUUUUUUUAUCUAGAUGUUUGUUCUAAAUGUUCAACAGGGUGACCUUAUGUUAAAUAUUAAGUUUGAUGAGAUGCUGUAUUUUUAUGACUGUGUGUUUCAAUUGUAAGGCUUUUAGUGCUGAUUUGUUUUAAAUUGUUGCCUUUCUGAAAACUCUUGUGAUCUAGGGACAGUUUUUUCUCCUACUUUUUUUAUUCUUUAGUGGUUGUAUCUGUUAACGCCUGCAUUUAGGAUUAUCUUUCUGUUUUGACCUACUUCAUCCCUCUAUCAAAUGCAUAGCGUUUUUAGCUUUGAUAUCAGUAUUUAUACUUUUAUUUGUUUGAAUUUUUCUCUCUACCUAGUAAUUUUGUUAUUGAAUUCAAUGUGAAGGUUUUUAUACUGCAUUGCAACUGUAAUGACAGACAGAUACUAGAGAAUACCAUAAUGAAUGUUAAAAGAAAGAAGUACAUAUUUUCUUCAAAAUGAUCAACCACUGCCUUUUACGCAUAGAACUGUAAAUAUUCUUUUCAUGUUUUGAUUGCUUCCGAGAGAGUAAGCAUUAAUUUAUUUCACUUGUUUGUCACAGUUCUGAAGAUAUUGUGAUUUGUGUGUCACUUUAUUUAAGUGUUGGAAAUGCAAGAGUAAAUUGAUUGUCAGCACAUGUUUAUGUGAACCACAAUAAUUAUUUUCUCUCGCCCUAUCUGUGAUGCAUUCCUUGUCUUAGAAAAUGCCUUGUCUUAUGCUAAGAUGUUUUAAAUUAGUGAAGUCUUUAGUUAUGUGUGUUGUUUAGAUAAGAAAGCAUCAUCAUACAACUUUCUCUUCUUUCAAUUGGCUGGUUAAUUAUGAUCAGAAGUAGUUCUUGUUUUUGAGGAAAGGUUUUUACCAGACUGUAAUUUCAGAGUCAGUUAUUGUUUCUUUUUUUUAUGGGGGAAUCAAAUUAAUAAUAAAGAAUAUUUUUUUUU